AGAGUGAUGCACGCAACAAGGCGGUCUGAAUCCCGAUUUGGAUUGGCCACCUUCAGUUCCAUUCAAACCAUCCGCCUAUUCCUUCAAUAAUGCUUGAUUGUUUGUGUAUUACAUCAUAUGAAUAACUGUCCAACAUGGCGUCUGGUCUCACGGCAGCGAUGGAAUCGGAGGACCUGACAGCCCAUCCUGGAUUCUGCAAUGACAGAUAUUCAAUGCUGAUUGUCAUCGGCGCGCUCUAUAGACCGCAUUUACUGGACUAUGUUGUGGUGGAGAUUGAACGAGGGAUCCGUGCAUGGGAUGUAGACCUGACAGUGUGUAACUUGGAUGAGCAGCUGAAGCUUUUUAUUUCCCAACAUUCUUAUUAUGAAUCCAAGGAUAUAAGAGGUCAGAAGACAUUUCAUUUCAGUUCAAAUGUUCUGGACAUUAAAGUUGUAGUGAAUCCAUCUGAAGGGGUUCUCUACUCUGAGGUUCACAGCUUGAUAUCAUCCAUACCUCGCCACAAAUUGCUGGUGCUGACAGGACAGUCUCUUGAAGACUCUGGAGAUCUGGUCUUGCACACGGGGCAAUUCACGCCAAAUGAUUUCACCCAGAUCUUUUCAGAUGAAGAGAUCCAAGCUUUGUUAAACUCUGUAAGUUCUCAUGGCAAAGCAAACCUCAUCUUAAGCUGCCCUAAAACUGGAAAAUGGAAAAACUCUGUGCUUGGGAAGCACAACAUAAAUGACAUUAUUGACAUUAAGGUGAAUCCCCUAAUGGUACUACCAAAAAUGGGGGGCCUUCAAGAGUUCACGGACCACCUUUUUGAAUCGUUAGAGUCACAGUCUCCAUUUGACCUCUUAGAGCCUCCUGGCACAGUGGGAUUUCUCAAGCUAUGUCGUCCGUGCUGUUAUGUCUUUCCAGGAGGGAGAGGUGACUGUGCUUUUUUUGCUGUCAAUGGCUUUAAUGUUUUGGUCAACGGUGGAGCAGAUCCACGCUCUUGUUUCUGGAAACUGGUCAGGCAUUUGGACCGUGUUGAUUCAGUGCUGCUUACACACAUUGGAAUAGACAACCUGCCAGGAGUUAACAGCCUAUUGGAAAGGAAAGUUGCAGAGCUUGAGGAAAAUAAAUCGGACUCGCAGGAAAAGGAGCAAUGGGUGAAGAAUCUAAUCUCUCCAGAGCUUGGUGUGGUUUUUCUUAAUGCCCCAAACAGGCUUAAAAAACUUCAGGGUGAUCCUAAUGUACUACGAAGCAGUGAUUUAGCAGGAUUCAUAUUACAGCAUUUGGAGAAACUGAAGAUCUCACCAGAGCCCCUUUUUCGCAAUUCAACUGGCCCCAUUGAGCCAGUUAUUCUAUUCCAGAAAAUGGGAGUGGGAUGUCUUGAACUUUAUAUCCUAAAUCCAGUGAAACGUAGCAAAGAUAUAGAGUCUUUUAUGAACAACUGGCCAGAUAAUAGCUCAAAAUCCAAAGGUUUAGAUGGACACCUAACCUCUUUGGUCUCUAUAUGUGCUUUGCUUGUUUGGCAUCCAGCUAACCCAACUGAGAAAAUCAUCAGAGUUCUCUUCCCUGGCUCUACACCACAAGGAAAGAUAAUGGAUAGUCUGGAGAGACUGAAGCAUCUAGAGUUUCUCAAGCGGCCUGUAGUGUGCUCCAAAGAUUUUGAAACCACGAAAUCAGACAAGAAUACGAAAAUUUCAGAGAAUCAAGACAAUCCCAAAUCUAGUAAAAAUGAAUCCAGACCAAGUAAUGGUGCUUCAAAUGACAGACUGGGUCGUGGAGUUCAAGAACAAAAAGACAAAACCAAACCCAUGACUGGGAAUGAUCCAAAAAGUGAAGAAAAUAUAAAAUCUGUAGAAAGCAAUGCAAAACAAAACCCCUCCAGACUUGUUACAAGAAAGGAGUCUUUGAAGGACAAAAGCAGUGAAAAAACAAACAAAUCAGACUCAAAGAAGCAAGAAAAUGGGCAGAAAAAAACAUCAGGUAGCAAGGAUUUUUCCAUUAGAAGACCAAAGUUAGAUAGCAAAACUGAAGAGAAAAAGGCAACUAAGUCUCUUGGGAAAGAUGCCAAGAAAACCUCAACAGGACUACUAAACUCAAAUAAGCCUGCAAAUGUAAAAGUUGAAACAAAAUUACUGAAACAAACAGAGGACAAAGCCAAAAACUUUAAGUCUAACAAACAGCAGCAGAAUCAGAAGUUGUCAACAGAUUCAGAAGACGUUAAUUGCUCCGUAAUAUCCUCACCUGAAGAUAUGACAGCAGAAUUUCUGCAAAUGGAUCGAGAACAACACGAAUUACUUGCGAAGAGUCAAGCUGUUGACUCUGGAAACCUGAAAAGUGACUCGAUGGGACAGUCUAAGUGUACUAGCAUAGUUAACCCUGCAUCAACUGCAAGAACCUUUGUCAAAAUAAAAACAGAGCGCAAUGUGAAUCUAGACCUUACUCCCACUGAGUAUACCUUGCUUGAUGGUGCUUUAAAAGAAAAUAUAUCAAAAAAUAAGCAUGAGGAAGUUUGUGUUAGUCCGGAUGAAAAAACAUUAGAGCUAACAUCGCCUAGAUCAGGUCCAAACAGCGCUGGUCAUACACCUUAUCACCUGUCACCUGAAGAGACCUGGGCCUCCAAGGAUCAUAGUAGUUUUGGGGUUAAGAUGUGUCUUGGUUCAGAAAGCCAGCAGAUGGGACUGUCCAAGUUUUCAGAAUCUGGAUGCCCUAAAAGUACCCAAGAGAGCGUCUCGACUUCCUCUAAAGAGAAGCAUUCUAGUUUCUUGUCUCUCAGCUCUUUUAAGGAUAUAAUGCCUGAUAUAUCUCCCUCUGUUACCACCACUCACUCAAUGCCUGCAGAAGUAAGUUCACCGCAGUCCACUGAGGUUGAUGAGUCAUUGUCCAUGUCUUUUGAACAAGUGCUGCCAACUGUGAGUGAGUCCACCAACGAAGACGAAACUUCCUACUCCAAUGGACACCACGUCAAUUCUGAUUUCAAAGUAGGGAUGUCUUUGUCUUUAAAGAAGCCUCACACCCAGAGGACACCUCAUGAUGGCUCUGAAGGGUGUCCAUCUGGACCACAGGGCCUGGCAUUGGACGCUAACCAUGAUGUUGAUCUCUGCUUAGUUUCUCCAUGUGAGUUUAAACAUUUCAAACCGGUUGGCGAUCAAGAGGAUCCACUCUCACCAGGCAUCUGUAACACCAGCCCAUUAAACCUUUCUGAUGAUAGUGACCACUCCCAAGAUGCAGCUAAGCCAUUUCCAGCUUCAUGUUCAGGUAACAAGGCCUCUCAUCCAGCUCAGGACACCCCUCUCACUUCUACCAGCGAAUGUUUCCCUAUGGCGACAGACUCAGAUGUACAUCCUGGUGUUGAGGAUUGCUCCAUUACAGCAGACGGUCUUUUGGAUUCUGAUGAAGAAGGUGUCGUUCACUUGCAAUCCCAUAACCUAAAUGAUGGUUUGAAUUCUUACAGAGGGAAUCAUCCUUUGCCGAAGGAUCCCCCACCUGUGCCUGUGAAAGACUUACCUCCUCUUCCACCUCAGCCUGGUGCCUGUAUGCCUGAUCCUGUUAGUGGUGUGAAGUCAGGUGCAACAAAAGGCAGAAAAGCAGCAGGAGUCACACAAAGAUUAACAUCCUCUAGUGCUUCAACUCUAGGCAGCAAAUCCAGGGCUGGAAGUCAAGGAACUUCUGUUAGCGGCUCACGAAGCAGCUCAGUAGGAGAUGUAGUGGCUAGUCGUAGCACAGGCUCUGCUUCUAAAAGAUCCACAACAGCAGGUAGCAAGGUUGGUGCUUCAGUAUACUUGGACUUGGCUUACCUUCCAUCAGGCCAUGCAGCUUCCACUGUUGAUGUUGAGUUCUUCUGCCGUUUGCGCUCCUCCUGUUACAUAAUAAGUGGCGAUGACACACUCAAGGAAGGCUUGAUGAGGUCUAUUCUGGAUGCCUUAUUGGAGGGAAAAUCUGUUUGGCCUGAUGAUUUGCCAGUGACCCUGAUUCCUACGUUUGAAUCACCGAUGAUGCAUGAGUGGUACCGAGAAACUCAAGAAAAACAGCGGCAGCUGGGCAUUACAGUUUUAGGCAGCAACAGCACUGUGGCUAUGCAGGAAGAGACGUUCCCUGCAUGUAAAGUAGAGUUCUGCUAGAUGGACAUGUGAUGAUACAUGCUUUAAUUUUUCCACUGUGUAUGCCAUGCUUAUUUAAAUUCACACCUGCACAUUUUACCAUCUAGAUCAAUAUGCAAUGUAAUGUUCUCGGCAGAUGCUUUAUCUAUCAACAUGCUGUAUGUUGUGUUCAUGAAAGAUACCUAAGCAGGUUGUGUAGCUAAAGACUAAAAUCACAGUAAAAUCACAAGAAUUAAAUCAACACAGAUACAGUAGAUGUAUUUACUCUAGGAGUAUAAUGGCACUGGCUUUAACUGAGAAAAUUAUUUGCUAUAUUUAACAUAAUCAAGAGUUCAAAUCCUUAUAUAGAGGAGGUGUACAAUUUAUGCAGCUGACUGUAAGAGUCAAAAUAAUUGUCUAUUGAUCAUUUAUCUCACUGAGCAUGACGACUAUUAUAAACAGCAAUUUCAGACACAAAAACAAUUGGAAUAAACAAAUUAGCAGUGUCAGCAAGGUUUAGAUUAGAGGUGGUACUGUUUUUUUUCUUUCAUGGUUUUAAACGCAUUGAAUCACACAACACUAUUAUACAAAAAAACUAGUAUUUUUUUACUUAUAAAAAUACUUGUUGGUUUUGCCUUGCUCUUAAAGGAUAAUUUUGGUUGUUUGGAGACUAGUGGCUUUACAUUGUCACAUAAAUGUGAUAUAAAUUUCUUGCACAAUAAUGGAAGUCACAAUAAAAUCUGUAAAAAAGUGAUGGCAUGUAAGUGACCAUUUUAAUUUAUCCCAUUUGGAACUGUGAUAGGUGGUAUACUGUAUGUGCCAACUGUGUGACACAAGUGAAUCUUGUUACUGCAGUGCAGAGCCUCCGUUGUAUACUGUAUGCCUACUGUGCAUUAUCUUUAGGUGCAUAUCUUUAAUUCAGCACUACAAAGAGAAUGUCUUGUAAGUUUGUGUAAGCUUGUUGAAAUCAUGCAUUGCUGCACUGUCAUAUAGAGGAAAGUGUGUAAUAUACAUAUAUGUAACAUUAAUUAUAUAAAUAAAAACACUUAAAUGACAUAAAAAAAGCUGAUUUUUGUCAGCAUGUUAGAACAAAACAAUCACAUAAUGCACUGAGACAUAAUUAUUGGGAAGAAUUUAUGGGAAAUAUGUAAUAAAAAUAUCAUUCAUUCAUUUGAA